AUGUUCUUCGAUCGAGGCAACCACUACGAGUUCCUCUCUCUGGGCCAAGAGCUCGCAGCACCUGGCGAACUGCAGCAUCCCCAGACAUUCCCCUUCAACUUCAAGAAUGUUGAGAAGCAAUACGAAUCAUACAACGGCAUCAACGUCAGGCUGAGAUACUUUGUACGCGUCACAGUAUCACGGCGUAUGCAAGAUGUUAUCAGAGAAAAGGAUAUAUGGGUCUAUACCUACCGAAUCCCUCCGGAAACCAACAGCUCGAUCAAAAUGGACGUUGGUAUUGAAGAUUGUUUACAUAUCGAGUUCGAGUACUCGAAAAGCAAAUACCAUCUCAAAGAUGUCAUUGUCGGCCGCAUAUACUUCCUCCUAGUGAGGUUAAAGAUCAAGCAUAUGGAGCUAUCUAUCAUCCGGAGAGAAACAACAGGCGUUGCUCCCAACCAGUACAAUGAAAGCGAGACUCUGGUCAGAUUUGAGAUCAUGGACGGUUCGCCCUCGAGAGGUGGCUUCGACCUCACUCCGACCUUUAGGGAAGUCAACAAGAAGUACUCAACUCGAUACUACCUGAGCUUGGUUCUCAUUGAUGAAGAUGCCCGUCGGUAUUUCAAACAAUCGGAGAUUGUCCUCUUCAGACAAGCACCUGAGAAUGCACAACAUCUGCAGAUUGACGAGCCGUCUAUAGGUGGAAAGCUUCCCGACCUGAACCCGCCGGUGCCUGCCUGA